AUGAAUGAGGUCUCUAAGCGCCGCAGGUGGCAGAUGACAGAGCUAGACAUUGGCCCGUACAACACCGAGGGAUACUCAACCCUUGACCAUCGUCUCUCGUGGCUUGCGCUGAGAGUGAGUCAUGUUCUGUCGAGAGAUAUAAUUGCAGUCUCAAGCACCCGGCGCAUCCCCGGGAGCUCGGUCUGGAGAGCGUCUCCACUCGCCUCCAGCGCCCUGCCCAUCGCCCAUUGGCCCGUGGCAGCUCAGCGUCGUCGGUGGAUCCUCCCCCGGCGAUCGGCCCCCCGAUUUUUCCGAUUUGACCCGCGCGAUCAGGGCCGUUGCCGGGGCAAUGGUGGCUGGUUACCAUGGAAGCUGACGGCGGGAUCCGAACCCGAUAAGCAGGCGGCUGAUGAGAAUGGAGUUCAUGGACUCUGGAGCUGGAAAGAGGAGAUCGGAGACAGUGAGGGGGAGAGAUUAGCGAGGUGGCUGGCCAACCCUCUCUUUUCAUGUGAGAAUGGCUGGGAUGAGGAGGAACCUGAGAGUGGUGGUGGACGGCUGGCGGACGCAGCGGGAUCUCGUACUAUUGUUGUUCCUUCGUUCACGGUUGGACAUUAUCUGGACACGUUCACCCAGAUCAGACAACAUCAGUCCAGGAUCUCCAGAAGUCUGGGCUAUGCUGCGAUGGUGGACGUGUACGAUACACCCGACCAGCGUAUGUACACCGAGCCACCGUUUCUUCAGCAUUCGAGAAGAGACGCCGCAAAGUCAGUCAAUCUGGACUUUGACGCCCGCGUCCCCAUCCCCUUCAGUGUCUUCCCGUCGUCGUACCGGAGUGACGCUGUCUCUGAAACUACUCACACGAGAGUAGAGGGAGAAGUUCAACUCGAUCACACUUCGCACGGCGAACGGGAAGAUACUCGAGUCGCUGCCCCUCUCCCCGACCCUCGUGUCCAAGGAAAGGAAGAAGUCGAUAUCCGCAUUCACCAGCGAGAGCAUCACCAUCCUCCUCCUCCCCAGCACUCGAUCCCUCAGGUUCCUCACGACGAGUCGCCUCGCUACGAAUCCGCUCCUCGUUACGAACCUUCUCACUACGAGUCCCACGAAUCUCGCAACUACGGUGCCGAGGUUGAAUUGACCCGUGAACGUUACCCCAACUAUCGCGAAUCCUCUGUCCGCUUCGAGGAACGCCCCCAGGUUUACGAUCAAGUCGUCGAGGAUCAACUCGACAUCACUGAGAGAGAGUACCGUCGUCGGACCUCUCCCACUUACGAAGUCGACGUCUCUUACGACCGUCGCUACCAGGACCCGUCUACCGCGUCCCAGUACCAGCCUUCCUACCCCGUCGACGUUUCGUACGAUCGCUCUUACCAGCCGCAGUCCGCAUCCGCGUACCAAGGCCCUGAGUAUUCUCGUCGUGAAGUAGAGGUCUACCGCCCUUCUUCCAUCUCAUCUCCCCCUUCCUCCUCUUACUCUGCUCCUCCCAAGACCUUCAAGGUCGAGAAAACUACCGUCCGUCAAGUCUCUCCCGCCUCCCGCACCAACCGCAAGAUGGGUUACUACGACGACGAAGGUCACUACCACUCCUUCCGCCGUGGCGUGGAGCGUGCCGCGGACCGUGUCCUGCACCCCUUCCACCACCACGACCGCGAGGAGGUCGUCGCGACCGAGGGUGGCCCUGCUCGCUUCAGCGAGGGUGUCCGUGAGGAUGUCCGCAUUGUGGAGCCCCGCAACCGUGCCGUCCCCGGCGAGACUGUCCCCAUCCCCUGCCACUUUGUUCGUGUUGGAGACAUCCUCAUCCUCCAGGGUCGUCCCUGCCAGGUGAUUCGCAUCACCGUCUCCCCCCAGACCGGUCAGCACCGCUACCUGGGUGUGGACCUGUUCACCCGUCAGCUCCACGAGGAGUCCAGCUUCGUCUCCAACCCCUCCCCCUCGGUGGUGGUCCAGACCAUGCUCGGCCCCGUCUACAAGACCUACCGCAUUCUCGACCUCCGUGAUGACGGUAAGCUGGUGGCCAUGACCGAGACUGGCGAUGUCAAGCAAGGUCUGCCCGUGGUUUCCCAGGGCCAGGUCUUCAAGCGCAUCCGUGAAGCCUUUGCUGACGGCCGUGGCUCCGUCCGUGCCCUUGUCAUCAACGACGGUGGCCGUGAGCUCGUUGUCGACUUCAAGGUCAUCCACGGUUCCCGUCUGUAA